AGUCUCCUCGGGCCCUCGGAGUGGCAGCCGUGGGGCCUGGCUGCGGCCAUGGAGCCUCUGGAGACUCCCAUCAAGGACGGCAUCCUCUACCAGCAGCACGUCAAGUUCGGAAAGAAGUCCUGGCGGAAGGUAUGGGGUCUGCUGUAUGCAGGAGGCCCAUCAGGUGUGGCACGGCUGGAGAGCUGGGAGAUCCGGGAUGGUGGCCUGGGGCCAGGAGGUGACAGGUCUGCGGGACCUGGCCGGCGUGGGGAACGGCGGGUCAUCCGCCUUGCUGACUGCGUGUCUGUGCUGCCUGCUGACGGUGAGAACUGCCCCAGAGACACUGGUGCCUUCCUGCUCACCACCACAGAGCGAAGUCACCUACUGGCCGCACAGCAUCGCCAGGAGUGGAUGGGCCCCAUCUGUCAGCUGGCCUUCCAGGGCACAGGAGAAUAUUCCUCAGGAUCAGGGGAGGUAGAGGCUCCCAAGAGGGGCCUGGUCCCCAUGGAGGAGAAUUCCAUCUACUCCUCCUGGCAGAAGGAGGGCGAGUUUCCAGUAGUGGUGCAGAGGACCGAGGCUGCCACCCGCUGCCAGCUGAAGGGGCCCUACCUCCUGGCGCUAGGCCAAGACGCCAUCCAGCUAAGGGAGCCCUCCAGCCCCCAGGCCCUCUACACCUGGCCCUACCGCUUCCUGCGCAAGUUUGGCUCUGACAAGGGCGUGUUCUCCUUUGAAGCUGGCCGCCGCUGUGACUCUGGCGAGGGCCUCUUCGCCUUCAGCAGCCCCCAAGCCCUCGACCUGUGCAGGGCUGUGGCUGCUGCCAUCGGACGCCAGCGGGAGCGGCUCCCAGAGCUGGCUGGGUCCCCGCCUUGUCCCCUGCCUCGGGCCACCUCCCUGCCUUCACUGGAUCCACCAGGAGAGCUGCGUGAGGUGCCCCCGGGGCCCGAGCCACCCAGCUCUCGCAGGGCACGCCUGGCUGAGCCCGGGCCCCAGAGCCUGCCCCUGCUGCUGAGCCCUGCACCCUACGAUGAGCCAGCGCCUGGGAUCUAUGCAUCAGUGUGCAAGCGGGCCAGUGUGCCCCCAGGCAAUGCCGAGCACCUCUAUGAGAACCUGUGCAUGCUGGAGGCAGGUCCCGUGCUGCCCAGGGAUAGGGACUCGGAGCAGGAGGGUCCCAGCCGCCGUAGCCCGCUGGCCAGUCCCAUCUAUCAUAACAGUGAGGACUUGAGCUGGCCUAGCCCUGCCCACGACAGCAGCCUGGAGGCCCAGUACCGGCGACUGCUGGAACUGGAGCUAGGUGACAGUGAUGAAGUGGGCAGCUCUGGCCGCCCCAGUGCUCACUCAGGCUUCAAGGCCAAGCUGGUGACGCUGCUGAGCCGCGAGCGGAGGAAGGGCCCAGCCCCCUGCGACCGGCCCUGAAAGCCUUGCAUGGCUUUGCAACAGGAGAGAAAGGUGCUGUGCUCUCCCUGGGCCAGGAAGACAGGCAAACAAUGGACAUCUGGGACACACAUGUGCAUCCACUCUGGCCUGCGGAUAUAAGGCAGGCAGGUUGGGGAGCACCCCCUUAUGUGCCCUGUGAGCCCCCCCACCAGUGUACAGUGUACAGAUUUGCUGGUAAUAAAACCUCCCAGCUCUGCUCCUGGU